GUCUGAAAUAGCACUCGCCACGUGAUAUUUCCUCAAAACUAUCAGACCAAUCAAAACAGCUCACAGCUCUAAAACGUCCAUUCAGGUCACACAUGGGGCCUCUUUUACUACUGAACAGAUAAGAGAUCAGAACAUUAGAUCUCACUGUCUCUCUGUCUAAACAGCAACAAUGAUCGGAUUACUUUUCACUCUUUGCCUCUUUGUAACUGUGAAAACGUCUGACAUCCUUGAUCUUCAAGUACAAACAGUGAGGCGGGGAGACAACACGACAAUAAAAUGUGACCAAAAAGCAGCCAAAGAUGAUUUAUUAGUUUGGUAUCAACAGAGUUUAGGAAAACUGCCUCAGUACAUCGUGAGACCACUUGUGACUGAAACAGUAAACUACAGAUUUAGUAACAGCCGCUUCACUUUGAAUAUGGAGACGUUUGAUCUCAGCAUUAAUGGAGUCAAAGAAGAAGAUAUAGGAAUAUAUUUCUGUGGAAAAGGACAGACAAAUACUGUAGAGUUUAUAUCUGGAACCCUUUUGCUGUUUGCAGAUGAGAAGACUGACCAUCAUCCUCCACCUGAAUCUGCUAUCAAGAAUGAAGAACCUGUUAAACUCCAGUGUUCAGUACAAGCAGUUACUCUGAACUGUUCAGGAGAACACAGUGUGUACUGGAUCAGACAUGGAUCAGGAAAAUCUCAUCAUGAACAUGAAGCUGAAUCUACUGAAAAAGGUGACGUCUUCACUAUGUCGUUCUUCAUUGUCAAAGUUGUAGUCCUUGCUGGUUUGUUUGUUACACAAACAGUGCUUCAUAUUUUUAUUAUAUUUAGCCAAAAGUAAAUACGUUUUAAUUGGAGACACUAAAUACUGAUUUUAACAGAUAAAUAUAUUUAUUGUACCUCCUAAUAAUGUUACAAUGUAUCAUUGUGAUUUCCGUUACACUUCUCAGAAAAAAAGGUAUUAAACUGUCAGUGGGGCAGUUCCCCUCUUGUCACUGGGGUGGGACCCUCAAGCGUACAUCUCAGUACCUUUA